CUGAAAUGAACCAAUCAGAGCUAUGGUAGGCAUUGAACUAAAAAAUUGCAUCUAAAGCUGAAUUUGCCGUUUGGGGUUAUUCAAUAUUCAAUACUAGAGCAAUAAAUAGACUGUGACGGAUAUGGAUGGAAAUGAUGUGGUACCAUUCAUUAAGAUCGAACCAAAACAAGAAGAAGAAAUCGAUUCCAAUCUUCAAGGAAGCACUUUAGUAACCAAUGAAGCAUUGGUUAAAAUAAAGGACGAAAUUAUCAUUGCUGCCCAUUGCUCCAAAUUACUCGAUAAUGAAGAAUUACAACAACAAACUGAUUCUGGAUGGAACAUUGAAAAUAAAAUUGCCAAUGAUUUUGAAGGUGAUUUAUCAAAGCAUAAUGCUCAUUAUGAUUUUGGAACAACUCAAACUCAAACAUGCAAAAUGCUACGAUGUGCUUAUUGUGAUUACAAGACAAAUAGCAUGUUAGAUAUUAAGCAACACUUUUUAACUCAUACAGUUACUGCAGACUUUAAAUGUGCCAAUUGUGAUUAUGAGACAAAUAACAAACACCACUUUAAACGACACCUUUUAAAAUAUGAGGUUUCUAAACAUUUUAAAUGUGCCAAUUGUGAUUACAAGACAAGUAACAAAUCCAACUUUAAACGACACCUUUUAACACAUACCAAUUCUAAAGAAUUUAAAUGUGCUCAUUGCGAUUACGGGACAAAUUACAAAGCCAGCUUUAACCAACACCUUUUAGAUCAUACUGAUUCUAAAAAUUUGAAAUGUGCUAAUUGUGAUUAUGGGACGAAUAACAAUUCCAGCUUUAAACAACACCUUUUGACACAUAGCGAUUCCAAAGAUUUUAAAUGUGCUCAUUGUGAUUAUGGAACAAACAAUAAAAAAUGUCUUAAAGGUCACAUUUUAAGACACAAACUUUCUUGUGAUGUGCUAAAAUGUGCUAAUUGUGAUUACGAGACAAGUAACAAAUAUCACUUUAAACAACACCUUGUAAAUCAUACCGAUUCUAAACUUUUUAAAUGUGCUAAAUGUAAUUUCGAGACUAAUUACAAAGCGAACUUCAAACAACACGUUUUAAAACAUACUGAUUCCAAAGCUUUUAAAUGUGCUAAUUGUGAUUACAAGACAAAUAACAAAUACCACUUUAAACGACACCUUUUAAAUCAUACCGAUUCUAAAGAUUUUAAAUGUGGUAAUUGUGAGUACGAAACAAAUCACAAAUACUACUUUAAACAACACCUUUUAAAUCAUACUGAUUCCAAAGAUUUUAAAUGUGCUAAUUGCGACUACGAGACAAACGACAAACACAACUUUAAUCUACACCUUUUAAUACACACGAAUUUUAAAUACUUUAAAUGUCCUAUUUGUGAUUACGAGACACUUUACAAAUCCAGCUUUAAACAACAUCUUUUAAAUCAUUCCGAUUCUAAAGCUUUUAAGUGUGUUAAUUGUGAUUAUGUAACAAAUUAUAGAACGAACUUUAAACGACACCUUUUAAAACAUACCGGCUCUAAAGAUUUUAAAUGUGCCAAAUGUAACUACGAGACAUGUAACAAAUACCACUUUAAACAACACCUUUUAAAUCAUUCCGAUUCUAAAGAUUUUAAAUGUUCUCAUUGCAAUUAUGGAACAAAUAAUAAAAAAUGUUUUGAUGAACACAUUGUGAAACACAACGGUUCUAAUAAUCUGCUAAAAUGCGCUAAUUGUCAAUAUGAGACAAAUAACAAAAAGAACUUUAAACGACAUCUUUUAAAUCAUACUGAAUUUAAAGAUUUUAAAUGUGCUAAUUGUAAUUACGAGACAAAUUGCAAAUCCACCUUAAAAAAACAUCUUUUAAAGCAUAUUGAUUCUAAAGAUUUCAAAUGUGCUAAAUGUUAUUACGCGACUAAUUACAAAAUGAACUUUAAACGACACCUGUUAAGACAUAAAGAUACUACAGAUUUUAAAUGUGCUUAGUGUGAUUAUGGAACAAAUGAUAAACGAUGUCGUAUUGAAAAGUUUUUUUAGUUCGUUAAGAUUUUUUUAGGAUCAGAUUUUGUUUCUUUUUAUAUAAUUAUGGACGACGCCUGUUAAAACAUGAAAUUUCUAAAGAUUUUAAAUGUGCUCAUUGCCGUUAUGAGACAGAUAACAGUUUCUCUAUUAAACGCCAUCUACUUCAAGUAAAAAUUGAAUUAUAUAGUCUGUAGUCCUAGCUUUUUUUAUCUAUUGUAAGAUUGGUUGACAUUUACUUACUUG